AGGAGCAAAUGCCAGCAUGACCAGGGUCUGAGAAAGUGCUUCUGUGUUCCCACCAAGGGUUUGCAGACACAGAGGAAGGGUGCAAAGAGAGCAAGGACAUUUUGAGCUACCAUGGAUAUCCCCACCGAUUUGGUGCCAUCUUCCAUGAUGUCCCAACCUGAGGUGAUUGAGUCCACAGCCAUGAGCGAACCACAGUGCUACUACAAUGAAACCAUUGCCUUCUUUUAUAACCGAAGUGGAAAAUAUCUAGCCACCGAAUGGAAUACUGUCAGCAAGCUUGUAAUGGGACUGGGGAUUACCGUCUGCAUCUUCAUAAUGCUGGCCAACCUCUUGGUUAUGGUGGCUAUUUAUGUCAACCGCCGAUUCCACUUUCCUAUUUAUUACUUAAUGGCCAACUUGGCCGCCGCAGACUUUUUUGCAGGGCUGGCCUACUUUUACUUAAUGUUCAACACAGGGCCCAACACUAGAAGACUGACUGUAAGCACCUGGCUUCUCCGUCAGGGUCUCAUUGACACUAGCCUGACAGCCUCUGUAGCCAAUUUGUUGGCCAUUGCUAUUGAGCGGCACAUCACAGUUUUCCGAAUGCAGCUACAUACUCGGAUGAGCAACCGGCGGGUGGUGGUCGUCAUCGUUGUUAUCUGGACUAUGGCCAUCGUCAUGGGUGCCAUACCAAGUGUCGGAUGGAACUGUAUUUGUGAUAUAACUCACUGCUCCAACAUGGCCCCACUCUAUAGUGACUCCUACCUGGUCUUCUGGGCUAUUUUCAACCUGGUCACUUUUGUGGUCAUGGUGGUCCUAUAUGCUCAUAUCUUUGGGUACGUCCGCCAAAGGACUAUGAGAAUGUCCAGACACAGUUCUGGACCCCGCAGGAAUCGAGACACCAUGAUGAGCCUCCUGAAGACUGUGGUCAUUGUGCUUGGUGCUUUCAUAAUCUGCUGGACCCCGGGACUAGUCUUGCUGCUCCUCGAUGUUUGCUGUCCCCAGUGCAAUGUCCUGGCCUAUGAAAAAUUCUUCCUGCUUCUGGCAGAGUUCAACUCCGCCAUGAACCCCAUCAUCUACUCCUACCGGGACAAGGAGAUGAGUGCCACCUUCAAGCAGAUCCUCUGCUGCCAACGCAGCGAGAGCACCAACGGCCCCACUGAAGGCUCAGACCGGUCAGCGUCCUCGCUCAACCACACCAUCUUGGCUGGUGUCCACAGCAACGACCACUCGGUGGUGUAGAACUGCAGCCAGCCAUGCAGCUGAUGAAGAGCAGCAGGCUCCACCACGGAGCAGGGUGGGCACACGGCCCUGGAGGAGGUAACCCACUCACAAGGUCUUCUCAAACACUAAUGGACUACAAGCACUUCUUUUCCAGGGAGUCCAACACACCGUCACAGUCUGCCCUUUUCACAGGACUGGCCAUGCUGCAAGGCCUUUGGUUUCUACUUUCAAAAAGCAGAAGCAGAUGCCUUGUGGUGGAGGUCAUUGGUAGCCCAUGGAGAGCCUCACUGAGACUUCGUCGGACUUUGCUGCAUCUUGGUGCCAGUCUGAAUCAACUCUGAUUAAUUAAGCUUAUACCUGCUUCACUGCAUUUACAUGUAGCCACUUAGUCUUUUUAAAAAGGGAGUAAAGGGGAUAAAAGUAUGCCUAUCAUUUAAUUGACAUGUAAUAUUUAUCACCAUCAGCAUGCUUGUGAUGAACAUUUUCUGUGCAGGGAGUAAAACUGUGCUCUAGUCUUGGUAUUCUUAGCCACACUGACAUAACUACAGUAAAAACAAAAGUAUUUUUUUCUAAUACAGGCAACAGGAAGAAGAUGGAAACUGACACUUCUUACCUUCAUUACUGGUGUUAGAGAGCAUGCAUGUUCUGUGCGUAUGCAGAUUGUUUUAAUUAUGAAAAAAAAAAGCUCUUUGUAAAGUCUGCAGGAAAGUAGAAAAGCAUAGACUGUAUUCCAGUGUUUGUUUAGAUUAUGAAAUAAACAGUACUUUAGUCACAA